AUGCCAAAGUACGACGAUGAAGCGUUUGGGUCUGCUCUGAUAAUAUUCUCAGUGAUCUGCGCGGGAGCCAAUGUUGCCCUAAUCUGCUCCUUCAUAUAUCACAAGAAGUACAAAAAGAAUUAUCAUCUCGCUUACCUGAACUUGGCCGUGUCAGAUCUAGUUUUAGCUCUCUUUGGAUUUUCUGUCAGAGGCCCGGUUAUAAUCGGUGGUUCAUCCAAGAUUCUCUGCCAGAUUUCUAUCCCCCUGAGCACAAUGAUAACAAUCUGGAACCUUCUCGCAGUAGUUCCUAUAGCUUACGAUAGACUUAUUGCUACCGUCAAACCGACGAGAUACAACGAGAGAACACACACUACACGGCUCCGAGUUAUGAUCAUCUCGUUUUGGGUGUUCGGAGUGGUGUACACUGGAAUCGUUAAAAUCUAUCAGCAUCUUAAAGGCCGAACUUUACACCAGUUCGAUUACGAGGCACGUGAAUGCUACUUUGAUUGUUCUUACCACAAAACUCUUCUCUACUACACCAACCUUACUCUGUCCAGGAUUCUUCCUCUCCUUUUUAAUGUCAUAGUUUACGUGCUAUCUCCAACUCCUGCCCAGAAAAACGUUGCAACUUCUAAGGAUGAUGGAUGUAUUGUGUUAGGUUCCCCAUUCUGCCAAGAUGCUAAUCGCAAACAUUCUCUGCUGAACCCUUAG